AGGUACCUCGCUCGCUGAUUGUCCAAAAAGGCUCGCAUUCCCAUACGAACACCUCUCAACUUUCCCAUCUGUUUCUUGCUUUACUGCAAUGGUAGGCCCCUUCAUCGCCGACGACCGUAGGGGAGUUAGAAUCGCCGUCGUGGGUGACGGAGGCACCGGGAAAACCACACUCAUAGACGCAAUGGCGUCGGAGUCUUUCCCCGAUUCCGUUCCGCCCGUGAUUCCCCCUACUCGCUUCCCCCAUAAUCUCUACCCCGAUUCCGUUCCUCUUACCGUCAUUGACACACCUUCCAGUUUGGCAAAUCAAGGCACGCUCAUUGAAGAAUUGAAGCGAGCUGAUGCGGUGGUUUUGACCUAUGCUUGCGAUGAAGCGGUGAGCUUUGAGCGUGUGAGUACUUACUGGCUCCCUGAACUGCGCAAGUUGGAGGUGAAGGCACCUGUGAUUGUGGUUGGUUGCAAGCUAGACCUGCGGAAUGAAAACCAGCUAGUGAGCUUAGAGAGUCUCACCACACCUAUCAUGCAACAGUUCACUGAAAUUGUCACCUGUAUUGAAUGCUCUGCAGCUACACUUUAUCAGGUCCCUGAAGUUUUUUAUUUUGCCCAAAAAGCAGUACUGCAUCCAGUAGAUCCGCUGUUUGAUUAUAAAAGACAUGCUUUAACAGAUCUAUGUGUGAGGGCGUUAAGAAGAAUAUUUGUUCUUUGCGAUCAUGACAUGGAUGGUGCCCUCAACGAUGAAGAACUAAAUGAGUUUCAGGUUAGAUGCUUCAAUGCACCGUUGCAGCCAUCUGAAAUAGCAAAAGUCAAAACAAUUGUACAGCAGAAAGUACCUGAAGGAGUCAACUCCAUUGGUCUUACCUUUCCAGGCUUUGUUUUUGUCCAUAAUAUGUUUCUAAAGAAAGGGCGAACAGAGACAUUGUGGUCUGUUCUAAGAAAGUUUGGAUAUGAUAAUGAUUUAAAACUCCGGGAUGAUUUCCUCCCGGUUCCGUCUAAGCAGGCUUCUGAUCAGAGUGUGGAGCUGACAAGUGAAGCUGUAGAGUUUCUGAAUGGUAUCUUUCGAUUGUUUGAUAUGGAUAAAGAUCGAGCCCUACGACCUGCUGAAGUUGAUAAGCUAUUUGAUACUGCUCCGAAAAGUCCAUGGAACGAUGCUCCAUAUAAAGAUGCAGCAGAGAAAACUGAUAUGGGCUAUAUAUCUCUGAAUGGAUUUCUGUCUCAGUGGGCCCUUAUGACAUUACUUGAUCCAACACGUAGUUUGGCUAAUUUGAUUUACAUUGGAUAUAAUGGUAAUCCUGCUGCAGCACUCCAUAUCACUCGUAGAAGAUCAAUAGACCGCAAGAAGCAAACAACAAUAAGAAAUGUGUUCCAAUGCUAUGUUUUUGGUUCUAAACAUUCCGGGAAAUCUGCUUUGCUGUAUUCAUUAUUGGGAAGCCACGGUUUUCACCUUUACAUCUUAAAUUUGAGCAGCAUCCUUGGCCUUAGAGUAAUUUUGUUCGACUGCCUCCCAAAUUUCUUUUGCUGAUUUAAGGAACAUGCAGGUAUCACUGAUUUUUGGGACCAUCGAAUUCCAUAGCCACGCCAUGAUCAUGGAGUCUUCUUCAUCCCAUGAUUUGAA